ACCUGGCCUCACUAGCUUCAGCUAAAACUAAAUUGUAAAUAAGCCGCCAUGAUGGUUCACAAACAAACAACGAGUUACCGUAUACUUAUUGCGCUUUUGUAUUGAUAUACUUGUUUAUAUAAUUUUGAAAACAUUUAAAACCAUGGUUUUUUGUUGUGUGUUUAAUUGCACUAAUCGUUCUGAAAAUUGUACAAAGUCAUUUUUUCGCAUUCCAACCAUACUUUUACACCACGACGAGGAAACUAAGCAACUCUCAACAGAAAGGAAAAAUAAAUGGUUUUGUGCAAUAAAACGUGAAGAUAUGAAUUUCGAUGCAACUCACUAUAGAGUUUGUUCUGAUCAUUUCAUUACAGGGAAACCUGCUAAAUUAUUCGAGAAAUCUCACCCAGAUUGGAUACCGAAUCAAUCCAUGGUUUAUGAAAAAAAACUAACAGACGUUUCGAGACACAAACGUGACUUUCGAGACACAAACGUGCACAAACAUUUUCUUCCUAUAAACACCACAACACUGUCAAGUUUUUAAUUGGUAUUGCUCCUCAAGGUGUUGUAAGUUUUAUUUCUAAAUCAUGGGGUGGUCGUGUUAAUGAUAAAUAUCUAACUGAAAAUUGUGGUUUUUUAUCAAAGUUGUUACCUGGUGAUGUUGUUCUGGCUGAUAGAGGAUUCAGUAUUGAAGACAGCAUUGCUUUAUAUUGUGCAGAGGUAAAAUUACCAUCAUUUACCAAAGGAAAACGCCAACUCAGUUCUUGGGACGUUGAGCAGACUAGAAAAAUAGCCUCAGUACGAGUUCAUGUAGAGAGAGUUAUAGGUAAUAUUCGAAAUAAAUAUAAAAUUUUACAAAGUACAAUUCCUCUGGACUACUUGAUAAAACAGAAUAAUGGCCUUACUACAAUGGACAAAAUUGUUACAAUAUCAUGUUCAUUAAUAAAUUUGAAUGAUUCUGUGAUACCAUUUGAUUAACCAUAUGGUUAGAUGAAGAAAUGCAGCAAAACAAGAGUUUUUUUUUAUGAGUAGAAUAUAUAUGGCUUUAA